CUGAUGUUGACCCCUCUUGUCCCCGCUGUAAAAAUCAACCAGCUGAUCACAUACAUAUGUUCUGGUCUUGUCCUUUCCUUAGAACAUUUUGGGCAGACAUCUUUCAUGCUUACUCAACAAUGUUUGGUGUGGUCAUCCCUCCAAACCCAUUAUGUGCCAUUUUUGGCUUUACUGAUGAAACACGUUCUCUUAAGGGCAGGGCCCAUGUUGUCAUAGCUUUCACCUCUCUGCUUGCCAGACGUCUGAUACUACUCUUAUGGAAGGAACAAACACCACCCACAUUCAGUAGAUGGAUCAGAGACACCAUGUCUCUCCUGAAACUGGAAAAAAUCAGAUAUACUCUGAAAGGUUCCAUACAGAGCUUUGAGAGGACCUGGACCCCUUUCUUGUCAUACUAUGAGAGCAUACAAAGCCCAAUACAAGAGAAAGAUUAGAUGGCAACACCCCCCCCCCCUCGCUUUGUUUUUCUUUUUAUUUCUUUUUUUAUUAUUAUUUCUUUUCUCUGUUUUGUUUUGCAGCAUUGUGGUAUGUAAUUGUAUUGUAAUAAUCCAAUACUUUUCUCUCUCUCUCUAUAUAUAUAUGUAUAUAUAUACAUUCUACAUGAUCUUUUAAUGUAUGUACUUCUGCUGCAUGGGGUAAGCUGGCUGGGGGUGGGUGGGUGGGCCUUAUUGUGGGUAGGGGUAUAACAAUUAGAUUUGUGAUGUGUAAUUGUAUAAUUUUAUUGAUUACCCAAAAAACACCAAUAAAAAGUGUUAAAUAUAAAUGUUUCAAUCAUGAAAUCAAUUUCAUUCAAUUUACCUAGUGGUGAUCUUAAAAUACAUUUUAAUCACCGAAUGACUUUAGCAUGAGGGGUCUAAGGUUUCAGGUCUCGACCACUUCUGAGAAAUGACAUGACGACACAAACAUUAGACAGGAAGAUAAAUGCACAUGAAAAAUCGUGUCAGUUUCAUGAGAAAAACCACACACUACCCCAUCCUCCUUCAAUUCUUGAUAAAGCCACCACAAAACACAGUAAGACACACUGCAUGUUCUCAGUCCCCUUAACACACCACCAUUUGCCCUUAUUCAUUUGUGUUCUUCUCUCGCAUGCUCUCUCUAUUAGUUUGUCUCUGAAUCAUGUUAACCAUUACUGAGACCACCAACUAUUUCCAUCUGUAAACCGCCACCUUUGCUCCACCUCCCAUCUCUGUCUUUUGUAUGAGUCACUUGUCAGGUUGCAAGCAUUGCCACCAAAACUCAGAGACCCUUACAGUCAUCAGUCAGAUUACUAAUAUAGUACAACGCCCGCUACAAGCACAGUAGCAAGAUCCAGGCCGUUUGACCAUGGGCGUUUCAACCGUUACCUUUCUGGUAGCUGUCCAUCUCACCCUCAUACCCCUGACUACCCAGUCAUGCACUAGAGGCCUCCCCCGUGAGUGCAAAGAGGCUGAGUUUGCCCCAGGAUCCAACCUGGCCGGUGAGGGCUUCGACAUCACCAAGAUGGAGCGCAAGGGAGCCUUCGUCAUUGACAUGAACCUAUGGAGGCGGGAGAAUAACACCUGCAUGCUGUGCAGGAACCCGUAUCAAGAGGGGAAGAUGCAGAAAGUCCCACUACCUGUGGUGGACUGGAGAGUCAGUCAUAAAUGCGACAUUAAGGUUGCCAGCUCACAGUACCAGUCCAGUGAGUCCCUGGUCAAAGCCAGUACCACCAGUGUGGAGAACAACUGGAAAGCUGAUUUACAAGUAGAGACCAAAAGGGGAGCUGGAUCCUUGAUGCUGGCUGGAAGCCAGUCCAAAUUGGCUGAGUACUCCAUGGAAAAAACUAAAGAGGACAAGUUUACCUUCUUGAGCCAUAAGAUGGUCUGUAGUUACUACAGCUACAGGGUUUCCAACCAGCCCCCUCUCCACCCAGAGUUUCAGCACGCCAUUAAUCAACUUCCAAAGAAAUACAGCAGUGUGAACAAGCAGCGUUUCUACAAGCUUAUCAACAACUAUGGCACUCAUUACAUGACAAAGGUGACUCUGGGCGGGAUGGUGCAGUCGGUGACCAGCAUCAGGCAGUGCAUGGCCUCUUUACAGGGCCUGUCCUCAGACGAGAUCAAGAUGUGUCUGGAUGUGGAAGCCUCAGCCAGCGUGGGAGACAAAGUCAAGUCAGGGGCAGAGAUGAAGCACUGUCAGGAGGCAAAGGAGAAGACAGAGGCCAAGAACAGUUUCUCCAACAACUUCAGUGACAGGCUCACAGAGAUCUUUGGUGGCCACACCACCGAGCCUGAGCUUCUCUUCUCUGCGGACAAAGACCCGGCUGCUUACAAGGAGUGGCUCUCCUCCCUGCCACUCAACCCAGAUGUGAUCUCCUAUUCACUGGAUCCCCUCCAUGAGUUGCUGCCCCCCAACCUUCCACUGAGGAAAGAGCUACGUAAAGCAAUUAGACAUUAUGUUCUGGAGAGUGGACUCUGGCAAAACUGCACUGAGUCCUGCAAGUCUGGCAUCAAAAGAAACGCAAAGGAGCCCUGUACGUGCAGUUGUCAUGGUGAUCCUGGUGUUGGAAGUGACUGUUGUCCCACUAAACGUGGUCUUGCUCGGGUCAUCAUCACUGCAGUGAAGGCCACUGGUUUGUGGGGCGACACCAGCACAGCUACAGAUGCCUUCGUGAAGGUGUUCGACUCUCAGAACUUGCAACUUGGACGAACCCACGUGAUUUGGAACAACAACUCACCUUGGUGGAACUCAGCCUUUGACAUCGGUGAUGUCCUUCUCUCUCAGACCAGGACGGUGCAGUUUGAGGUAUGGGACGAGGACAACAAGUGGGAUGACGACCUGCUCGGAACAUGCACCGUGGACCUCAAGGAAGGGACAAAAGAGGGUGUGUGUCGCCUGAACCACGGGAUGCUCUUCUACAAGCUCCAAGUGACCUGUGGCCCAAGCCUGAGUGGCCCGUCCUGUUCUGAGUAUGUGAGCUCUCCCAUGAACGGUCACCUGGAGAGGCUGUAUGUGUCUCGCCAUUCCCGGCCCAUACCAAAGGACAUGCUCAUAAAAAUGGGAGUGUUUGGGGAUGAACACCCUACGCAUUUCAAUCUUACUAAUCCAAACUGACAUUUUCUCUUUCUUUUUUUGUUGCCUCAUUAAGGAUUUAUGUACUCAGCAAGAUUAAUAUUUAUCUAUCUUACAUUAUAUUUAUAUUUACAUUUACACUACUGCAAGUAGUAGAGACCUUUCCAGAGUAAGCACAAAGUACUCAUUUUAGUAGAUAGAAAGCAGAUAGAAGUAGUGCACCUGAGUCUGUUGUGCGAUAGUGUUAGGCGUAUUUAGUUCAAAAUGGUCGUAAAGCUGAUGAGCUCUAAGUUCAAGCACAAAUGCUGAGAUUCUUUCCUGACAAUGAAGCAGUUUGUUUUGCUUGUCAAGGUAUAUAAAAAAGCCUUGCAGUUAGAUUGAGCCACAGCCUUGACCAGUUAUAUGUGUGAUAUCAGCAAGAAAUCAAAAUCACAAAAAAUAAAUAUGAUUACAUUAAAUGUACUUACAUUGUAUUUUUUUCUCUCACUGUGACUUCAUGACUAAUAAAGCAUUUGGUAGUAGGCAA